CAACACUGCUUCGUUCUGUCAUGUCAUGUCUGUCAUGUCCACUAAAUAUCGUAUCGUAUGCCUGCUUGUGAAAUAAAAUAAUUUUACUACAAUAUUUAGUGAAGUCAUGGUCUAGUAAUAUCUCAACAAUAUGACACUCCAAGAGAAUCUCAAGGAAUUAGGCUGGAACUUGAGUGAAGAUGGUAUCAAUAUUGUAAGUGAAAACGGUGAAAUACAAGAUGUAACCAUUAUUAGUAAGAGAGCCUUGGAUUUCGAUUUGCGAGAUAUUGGAGAUGCAGCAUUCCCUGAAGAGUUUCCUAAAGAUCCAACUACGUUGGAAAGACCUAUAAUAGUGCAAAUUCAGAAGAUAAGAAAUGUGUCUGCUCCUAAAGCUAAUGAGGAAUCCAAUUCUGCCCCGCGAAUGUUAAAACUUACUUUGCAUGAUGGAAAAUCAACAUGCACAGCAUUGGAGAUAAGCUCAAUAUCUAGUCUCAGUAUUAACACUCCACCUGGAACCAAAUUGUUGCUCAAUAAUGAGGGGCUUGAGGUUUGUCAUGGGGUUAUAUGGUUAACACCUAAUGUUAUAACUAUUUUGGGUGGGAAAGUAUCUCAUAUGAUUGAGAAAUGGGAGUUGAAUCGUAGUCUUGCAAAACAUACUAGAGGAGGUAUUGGUGCAGAUGGAGGUCCCCCGCCUUGGAUUCCUUUUGGACAAAGACUAGAAGCCCAAUCUGUUGAUAAACAAUUUAAAAGCCUCCAGGAACAGUCCAAGCAAGAUAAUGCAGAAUUUGAGGCUCAAAGAAAAGGAGCUAUUGCAGAGGCCCAGAGGCUAUCUGGUGUUAAAAAGGUAUUUGGUGGGGGUACUAAGCCAUUAUUGGAUGCUAAUGUACAGAAAAUUGUUGAUGCUGGAUUCUCAGAAGAACAAGCUGAAAAUGCUUUGAAAUAUACAAAGAACAAUGUUGAUAGGGCUCUUAAAAUUUUGCAAAAACGGGACAAUUCAGAAAACAGAAGUAAAGAGAAACCUCAAAAGGAACCAGACCAACCAAAACGUAAAGGGCGUAACAAGGAGCCUAAUGAUGAGGAUAGUAUUUCUGUCAAACCUUCAGGUAAAGUGUCACUGUUUGAUUUUCUUGAAGAUAAGUUGCCUAAUGUGCCAGAAAAGGAUAAGAGUAGAUAUAACAACUCGAGUAAUGAAGACAGAGGCGAGAGAACUUAUGGGAAUCGUGAUAAAAACAGUGCCAAGAGUAAUCCACGUUCUCAAAGUUCAAGAUAUGAUGGUCCUAAUAGACAUAGGUCUGAAAGUAAGGGUCAUUAUUCUAAUGAUAAUAAUCAUUCUUCUCAUAGAGAUGAUAGAAAAUACCAAUCACAAAAUGAAAAACCACCAAGAUUCCAGAAAAAACUGGAAGAAAAAAAUAAACAGCACCAGCAGCAACAACAACAACAACAACAACAACAACAACAGCAGCAGCAGCAGCAGCAACAGCAACAACAACAACAGGCAAUGAACAUAAACAUUAAUUUACAAUACAACAAUGCAUACCCUAACCCACCUACUUCUCAUUAUUCAGAUAGGAACAUGAGAAAUGAAAGAAACAUGAUGGAAACCAAGAUGCAUCAGCCACAAAAUUAUAGAGGCAAUCACAACAUGGAGAGUUUAGUUGAAGCUACGGCUAAUUUGAAUUUAAUGCAAAACCAAUCAAGAGUCUCAGAUGAUCAACAGCGAAAUUACCAAGCACAUCUCGAACAAAGUUACUCUAAACAAUCAUAUUUGCCUAAUCAGAACCUGCAACAAGAUGUUCCUCCAUUUAGGAGGAACAAUGACAUGCAGAAGUAUCAAGAGCAGACAUAUCAAAGAAGGCAGCAGCCACCCAAUGGAUAUAUUGAGCAACAACAGAAUCCAAUGUAUCCAAAUAUGAACUAUUUAAGUGGUGCCCAAGCUGGAUAUGGAGGACGGCAGUAUGGAUAUGGUCCGAGGCCUCAAGAGUACAAUAAUAUGCGUGCUGGAGGACCGUUCUUGCCUGGAUCUUUGCUGGGCUUCCAGAAUGCUGCUGUGAAUGAGCAGGCACGAGCUAUGCUUGGUGUUGCCGAUAUAAACUGGAAAGUUGGUGACCGUUGUCUGGCACUUUAUUGGGAAGAUAACAAUUUUUAUGAAGCUGAGAUAACUGGUAUAUCUGCAAAUACUGUAGUAGUGAAAUUUUGUGCAUAUGGUAACCAUGAAGAAGUCCUGAAGUCUAAUUGCUUGCCUAUUCCUAAUCAAGGGUCGGGCCCCAACAACGGCGGGUACAUGUCUCGCGCGGGCGGCGGGGUAUUCGCGGCGCGCCGCCCUUAGUGGUGCGCCGGCGCGCCCGCACGCGCCGCGCCCGCCAGCUGACGCCCGCCCGCGUCACUACCACACCCACCGCCACCGGCACCGGCACCGGGACCGGGACCGGGACCGCUCGACACCGACCACUACCCGCACUCGCUCCUCAACUGCGACCCGCGGACUUACCUCUACUACGACUACGAAGCUCUAUAGUGAUCCUGUCUUGUGAACUAGUGCGACGGUCAUGCGGUCUUACCUCCCCUACGACUACGAAGCUCUAUAGUGAUCCUGUCAUGUGAACGUGCAACGGUCCCGCGGACUCGACACCACUAGGAAUACGAAGCUCUAUAGUGAUCCUGUCUUGUGAGUGUGCAACGAUUAAUCCACACCGGAAUGGCAGCGGCCGGCAGUUUUUUUUAUUUCCUUCCAGGCAGGGGAGCGGGUGCGAAAUUCUCAUGGAUACCCUCCAGCCGGCUGCAAGGUUAUGUCAUACUUACUGGAUAAAACACACUCGUAGGCCAGAAGGGCCUUACAAGCUUCAUCUGAAGCGAUCAUCCCCUGUAAGGGGGACGCCGGCCGGCCGGGCCGGCAACGACGAGGCGAGCUCACCAUAGGGAUGUGAAAUAAUUUUAAACUUUUUCUACAUACUUAUAAAGAUCGGUUUCGCUUGAAAAGAUUCUGCGAUCUCGCGAGCAGGCAGCCGCGGAGUCUGCGCGGACUAGUCUGUUCUUUUAAGUGCGUAGAUAAAGUUUAAAAUUAUUUCACACCGCUUUGAGUCAGAAAGUGCUCGCCGCGUUGCUGUGGCUGCCAUUCCGGUGUGAAUUAACCCUAAUAGUGGCGGAGGACAGCUUAGGUUUAUAUCGUUAAUUCUCGCAAGAGCAGUAGAUCAUCAUCGUUAAAGCUGAAGUGUCAUGUGCAAAUUGUGAUGGACCUUUUAUCAAUCGUUUCCCGCUUCGGUCGGUAGGCGGUGCCGUAGCGAUUUUUAUGGCCUACUCGGGUUCGAUCCGUUUGAGUGAAGCUCUCCGGUGGCUUAGCGAAUGUGAACUGUCAAAGUGGAAUUGCUUUCGAUGAUAAUGUAGAUGCUAAAAUGUUACAUUGCCCUUGAAUAUUUUUUUAAUGUUUUUAGUUAUAUUUGAAGUGUAGGAUUUGAUCUGUUUGUUGCAAUUAUAUAUUUGUGUUAUUUAAAAAAAAUAUACGGUACGAAGAUGGUAUGACGGAAGGUAUAAAAAGUUGAAAUGUAACAUUUUAGUAAUUUUAAAUGUAUACAUAAUAUUUUAACUGAGUCUCUUACAUCUGCGUGGUUUCUCACUAAUUCGACAUAAAAUUAAUAUUUACUGAUGCUUCUCAAUUAGAAUGUCAUUGUGCAUUAGCUGAGCUUUCUGUCCAUCGAAAAUAUGGAAUUGGGUAGGAAGGCAUAUAUCUGAUAAUUAUAAAUGAAAUAUAUCAGUUAACAUAAUAAGUGUUUAAAAUGGAUUCAGUUGCUUUGUUUUGAAGUUCGAUUCUCGUGUGUUCUCGGCUUUGUUACUAUUGACGCGAUAAGUUUACUACAAUCUAUUUGCUACGAUUGCUAUGCAACGCAACGGUGAGAAGCUGCGCAGGCACACAGCUGUGGCGGUGAGACGUAGACGAGGCGUUAAAUGUUAAAUUUUAGGCAAUCUAAUGUUAAAAUGAUGUAACUCUCAUGCGAUAGAAAUAAUUUAUUGACGUUCUGUAUGUAACCAUAGUAGAAGGUAGCAUGUAUAAGUGUAUUUUGUUGUAUUUUUAGCGCAAAACAUGUAAUAUAUUAACUAUAUUUUCAGUUCGAUAUUGAAAUAUUGUUUGAAAGUAAUUUGUUUUACUUUUUUCAUCUGUAUAAUAAUAAUUAAAUGAUCACCAUCAAAAUACCAAUUAUAAAAUACGGGAAAUCACGCACUCGUUAUGCUUUAUAAAAUUUUAUUAUACAUAUUAAAUGAUACCUGUAUCAUAUUAAGUUCUGUACUGAAGCAUUCACUUCUUGUUUCUUUUAUUCAAUAUGCACAUUGAGUCUUCCUGCCUGUGCUGGCCUAAUAUUACAGUGGAGUCUCAAUUGUGUGUUGACAAUAGUCAAGUAUUUUAAUUGUACAUUGUUAUUUGAUAGAAACGGAAAAAAUAUUAUUUUGCUGAAAUCAUAAAAAUCAUUAUUACUUAUUCACAUACAGGGAUUGCAAAUGCAGUUUAUUUGAGUGCAUUUAGUGAACAGAUGCGUAAUUUUGUUAGUGAUUGCCUGUCAAUAUUAUUGUGGGCUUGAAAUUUAUUGUUACAAUGAUGAGGAUUUACCGGUACAUUGUUCUCUAUAUCGUUAAAGUCAAUAAGGGACGAGAACACAAUAUCCCACCCUUCUUGCCAAUCGUCAUGCAAGGAGAUGCAGUCAUAAUCACAACAAAAUGGAGCAAUAUUUGUUUUCAACAAUUUUAGUAUUGAAAUACACAGAAUUUCAAUAUUGGUAACUGUAGCAGAUAUGUUCGCUAUGUUAGGAUGACCAAUCAAUAUUGAGCUGUACUGGGCUCGCGUUAAAGUGCGGUCGCUUCAAGAAAGAAGAACGAAUUGACUAAGGGCGGACUCUGAUAAAACUUAACUGUUCAAUAAAUUAUUACUCAGUCAAAUAGAGAGAGAUGUCAUCCGUCACAUUACACAAAUGAACAAAAAGUUACUCUUUAUUUUCUCCGUAUAAUACGAUAUCAGGCAGAUAAAUUUAAUCCAGUGUUAGAGAAAUCAUCCCUAAAUAGAACAUAGCUCAGCACAGUCGAGGAGCAUAGCUUGAAAGCUUGAUUUUGAUUGUCACCCUAAUCUUCUAUGCGUUCCCUUUGCAGUUAGCUGUGCUGUACAUAUUUUCUGUAGUAAUAAUUCUGUGUAUAAAUUGAUAUCGAGAAGAUUGAGACACCAAGCAGGAUUCAAUCUAUUCACAAACUUAUACGUUUUUUAUAUUGAUGUAUGUAAACAUAUUUAUUUCUGUACUAAGUAUGGGUGUGACCACUACCGACUACCGAUAUAUGUGAACAAAAUGCUAUAUGAACUUAACAAAAUAAUAAUAAUUAAAAUUUGUAUUAUACUAAGUAAUAAAAGUAGAUAAAUGGUUUCCCUGUAAAUUAAGGAUUUACUAAAAUGAGUAUUAUUGAAUAAAGGGGGUGUUAUGUUUAAUUUUCUUAAUAUUAAAUGGUAAAAAUGUGCAAUUGUGCAAACCUCUACCAUAUGGAACUUUUAAAAUUAAUGUUUUUUAAUGCAUCAUGCAAAAAAGUGAAAAGGAUAUAGCUUUUAAAAUAUUCAUGAUCUAUAUGUAUAUAUUUUUGAAAAAUAAAUAGGAUUGUCAAAGAAAUAAUAGAUAUAAAUGAUACCUAUGCCAAAAUUUUUAAACAAAAAUUUAAUACAAGUUAUUAUUAUUUAAACAAGUAGUGAAUGCAUUACAAUCAUGUCUCCCUUUUCAUAACAUAGUUUAAGUGCAGCUAUUACAGAUAAUGUUUGUAAACCAAAGCUCAAUUCCAAUAACACUUAGUACAUAAUCAUACUCAGUAACAUUUCGUUGGGAUUGGAGCCUAAAUCCAGAUCAAGUUACGCCACAGCUUAAGCGUCAAUAGAGGCCAAGGACUAUUACUAAGUAGAUAAUAUAAAAUUGAUAUUUAUGCAUUAUUAUUACUUUUUCGAUAAGUAGCAUAAAAAUAAAGAAAUUCGCCCUAAUUUUGUACCUCAUCAUUUGACUGACAAGGCCAGCAGAUAGUCUCCACUGCAUCGUAGAUAAAACGGUGUUGAUUCUGGCAUGAUUCUCUAAACCUAAAACUAAAUUUAAUAUGAGUAUCUCCUUUUCAUGCUGUAUAGUCUAAAGAGAAUGACAAGGAUAAACCGUUAUCAAAUUUUAUUUUCGGUUUAGAGAAUCGUGUCAGAAUCGAAACCAACAACAACUUAAAUACGCAAUUUUACGCAAUGGAUUUAGCAUCUAUCUAAUAUACGCGAUAUAAAAAGAAGUAUGUAUAUAAAAUAAUUAUCGUCGCGAAGGUACUUGCCAUUGAAAGUGAAGUGAAGAGAACAUAAGAAUUUCAUUUAUUGUUUGUAUUAUGGUUCACAGUUAUUAUCAAACUUUUUUCUUAAAACAUAUUUUCAUAUGUAGGUAGGAUGUUUUAAGUAAAUUGUAUAGAAAAUAGAUAUAUAGGUAAAUGUUAAAUAAAAUAUUACUACAAACUCAAAGACCGGCCUCAGACUGUGAGCAAAUACUUGCUUGUAUUAAAUUGCAUUAAGUACCUAUUGUUUUCAAUAGAAAAUCUUUCUCGUCUUAUGUACGUUGACUUUGAUUUUUGUAGAGAGUGAUUAUUCUACUGAAUAAUAACGGCUCCAAUACCAACGGAAAACACUCAACGUUUGAAACGUAUUAAUCACGGUAACACGGAAGCAGCAUUCAAUACAUUUAUACAGAUUUUGUUGAUUUGAAGUAACCGUUUAUUAACGAAAAGCUAAUAAAAGAAAAAAUAUUUACUUCGUCUUUAUUUUGUAUUCCUUGGUGAUUGUUAGUGUACUUGUCGCAGUUCGAAGACUUUUUUAAUAAAGUUAGCCAGUCA